AUGCCACGAGUCAGAGUUCCUAUACGACGAUCUGGUGUUCGAUAUGCCACUCGGCCGGGUGCGCGAUACGCUUCACCACCACCACGACCUUAUUUUCCACCACCAGCAGCAAAAAAUCGUGGAUUAGCUGGAUUAUUAGGCGGUCUUGGAGGACUUUUAGUGUGUUUAUUAUGCUUAGCAACAUUAGGAUUACUGGGACUUUUUGCUGCAUUCAUUGGUGUCACUGCAUAUCUUGGUGGCGUUUAUCGGGCACUUAAAAAACAAGUUAAUUCAUCAUCUGGACUUUAUGUGAACGUAUUCAUACUAAUAUGUGCCCUUGGUUUUGCUUAUUUCAACAAAAUUCGUAGAUCAAUAUAA